AUGUGGGGGCCGCUGCCCCCGGUCACCUGCCUCUCCCCGCAACUCUCCAGGUUUCGCUUUCCUCAUCCCCCCGGCUUCAAAAUAUGGCCUGAUCUUGCCGUGUAUCGCCAUGCGCUCUCGAACCGGCUGUCUGACAUGCCGAACCCGAAAGCUCAAAUGUCAGCAUCUCUCCCCAACCCUUCGCUCCGUCUUGCUAACCGUAUUCUAGGCGACGAGCAGAAACCGCAAUGCUCACAAUGUCGCAAAGGAGGGCGCCAAUGUCGGCCCAGUGAAGGCAUCGUGUUUCGCCACCAGCAGAACGCGUCCAUGAACAACCAAGGCGAAGAAAAUCCAGAGGUCGUCUUUGUCGAUAAUUCCGAUCCAUAUGCCGAUGAACUCGAGACCUCACUCGCCGAGUCGAAUGCGAUGGCUUUGGCACAGUCCCGAAACCAAAGAUGGGAGAGUGGCUCAAGAGCAAGCGAUGCAGGCUCACAAACCAUGGACGCUUUAUCGGCUGUCGGAUCCCAUGAGCGCUACCCAUACUCGCCCUUGGACCAUCCUUCUGCCCCGGAUUCCGUCUCAUACCCUUCGCCGAAACGAUCACGCAGCAGUGCAAUGCUUCCACCGGUGUCACCAUCCAUGUCGCUUCCCUCCAUCUCGCUCUCUACCAGCAGUCACAACACCAACCCUAAUCACAACAACAUCAACUUCCUGUUGAACCCGUCGUCUCAGUCCAUAUCCCCUUCGAUUGCUUCCGCCUCCGUGCAUACUCCCCGACCCCAAGAACUCCUCCCUUCCAUCCAGACCAGCACUUUCAAGAUCGUCGCCUUCCUUCUGCGGCAUUACUCCGAGGGGCCUGGACUUUGGAUGGAUCUUUAUGAUCUUGGGACGUAUUUCGCAUCAGAUGUCCCAGUGAGGGCGACCUCCAACCCCCUCUUGAAAUACGCAGCUUGUGCAUACGCUGCUAAGCAACUUGGCCGAGUCAAAGGCGCCAAGACGCAGAUGGGUGGGACCUGCACCCGUCAAGCAGCCAUGGAGGUCUGGUCUGAUAAGAACAUCGAUUUCUUGUGGUGCGGUGCCAAAUAUUACGAAAAGGCCAUCCAACUGCUCCAGAAAGAAUUGCAGCCUGAUCCCGAUGGACCGCCGCCCCUGAGCACCCCGGAAGCCUUUGGGCAAUGGCAGGCGAACGAACUGUGCGACGACGGGCAGAACCCAAACCCUCGUAAGCGCCGGAGACGGUUGUCUAACAAUCGACUUUCGCACGGCGUUCACUCCGACGAAGUACUGGCGGCGACGGCCAUUCUAUCGGUGUAUGAGUUUCUUGAUGCGACUGGCCAGGCGUGGAGUCGGCAUCUGAGUGGCGUGAAGUCAUUGCUUGACGUGGCAGAGAUCGGCGUAAUGCCACUCGAGUCGCGGUCCUCGGACGGCGAUAGUCCUUACCAGACUAUGAAGAAGUCUGGGUUCUCCAAGGCUCGAAAAGCAGCCUUUUGGAAUUUCGCGCGGCAAGACUAUCUAGCAGCCUUAAUCAAUGAAUGCCACACGCGACUGAACACCGAGGACUUGGCUCUAUGGACAGAAGCUGGGUUGCAGAUUGACCAAAUGGGUUUCAUCCGCCCGAGCAACACUGCAGCCAUAGGAUACCCCGAAGGCGACGACAUAAUGAAGGAAGAUCUGAUAUGUAACGCGUUGGUGUGGAUAUUAUCGAAGAUCGUCAACUUUGUCAGCUCAGGAGACACCCUGGGCGUGAAUGGUAGCCGGGCUGCCCACAGUGUACCCCUUGGAGUAUCGCAACAAAUGCUUUUGGAGCGGUGGCAUCGUCUGGAGCUGGAGCUCGAUCACUGGUAUAAAGGCCUGCCAGACACAUUCCAGGCGUGUGCCCGCAUUGAACCAGCGAAGCUCUCGCAUUAUAUCCCAGCGGAGGAAGCGAAGGACCUGGUUACCCUGCAGGAGGUGUGGCACAGUAUUCCCAUGUGCGCGUCAAGCAUGCAGCAUUAUCAUAUGGCUCGCAUCCUGCUGCUGGUCAAUAAGCCACACGGGGCCACGAGCCACCGAAACACGAUCAAUAUGCAGCUUCAGUCAUAUCGAUCCAUCGAGGUCGAGAUCGGGUUUCAUAGUCGUGAGAUUGUGGGGAUUGCCCUCUCGCGACCUGUUGGAAGCGUGCGCAUCAACUCGUUGCAACCCUUGUUCGUCAGCGGCCAGUGCCUGACCGAUGCCCGUGAGCGCCGAACAAACAUUCGGCUGCUGCGCGCGAUCGAGAGUGACCUCGGCUGGGCCACUGAGUAUCGUGUGCAACAAUUGCUGAAAGAAUGGGGUUGGGACGAGAGCUUUCUCCAGACCAGCGGGACGUGA